AGGAGGAGGAGGGACUGAGCGGCGGCGGCCCCCGCGUCCCGGUGCCUCUAUGGGGAAAGCAGACAAUGGAUUAUGAUUUCAAGGCGAAGCUGGCGGCGGAGCGGGAGCGGGUGGAGGAUUUGUUUGAGUACGAAGGGUGCAAAGUGGGACGCGGCACCUACGGGCACGUCUACAAGGCGAGGCGGAAAGAUGGAAAAGAUGAAAAGGAAUAUGCAUUGAAGCAAAUUGAAGGCACAGGAAUAUCCAUGUCGGCUUGUAGAGAGAUUGCACUUUUGCGAGAAUUGAAGCACCCUAACGUGAUCGCCUUGCAGAAGGUGUUCCUUUCUCACAGUGACAGGAAGGUGUGGCUGCUCUUUGAUUAUGCAGAACAUGAUUUGUGGCAUAUUAUUAAGUUUCACCGUGCAUCAAAAGCAAAUAAAAAGCCCAUGCAGUUGCCAAGAUCUAUGGUUAAAUCAUUACUUUACCAGAUUCUUGAUGGUAUCCAUUACCUCCAUGCAAAUUGGGUGCUUCACAGAGAUCUGAAACCAGCCAAUAUCCUAGUAAUGGGAGAAGGUCCUGAAAGGGGGAGAGUCAAAAUAGCUGACAUGGGUUUUGCCAGAUUAUUCAAUUCUCCUCUAAAGCCACUGGCAGAUUUGGAUCCAGUAGUUGUGACUUUUUGGUAUCGGGCUCCUGAACUUCUGCUUGGUGCAAGGCAUUAUACAAAGGCCAUUGAUAUAUGGGCAAUAGGUUGCAUAUUUGCUGAAUUGUUGACUUCAGAACCUAUUUUUCACUGUCGUCAGGAAGAUAUAAAAACAAGCAAUCCCUUUCAUCAUGAUCAACUUGAUCGGAUAUUUAGUGUCAUGGGGUUUCCUGCAGAUAAAGAUUGGGAAGAUAUUAGAAAGAUGCCAGAAUACCCCACACUUCAGAAAGACUUUAGAAGAACAACGUACGCCAACAGUAGCCUCAUAAAGUACAUGGAGAAACACAAGGUCAAGCCUGACAGCAAAGUGUUCCUCUUGCUUCAGAAACUCCUUACUAUGGAUCCAACCAAGAGAAUUACUUCGGAGCAGGCUCUGCAGGAUCCCUAUUUUCAGGAGGACCCCUUGCCGACAUUAGAUGUGUUUGCUGGCUGCCAGAUUCCAUACCCCAAACGGGAAUUCCUUAAUGAAGAUGAACCCGAAGAGAAAGGUGACAAGAAUCAGCAGCAGCAGCAGAACCAACAUCAGCAGCCCACAGCGCCCCCGCAGCAGGCGGCGGCCCCCCCGCAGGCGCCCCCGCCGCAGCAGAACAGCACCCAGACCAACGGGACUGCGGGCGGGGCGGGCGCCGGGGCCGGGGCCGCGGGGGCCGGCCUGCAGCACAGUCAGGACGCGGGCCUCAACCAGGUGCCUCCCAACAAGAAGCCCCGCCUGGGGCCUUCGGGCGCAAACUCCGGCGGGCCUGUUAUGCCGUCAGAUUAUCAGCACUCCAGUUCUCGCCUGAAUUACCAAAGCAGUGUUCAGGGAUCCUCUCAGUCCCAGAGCACACUCGGCUACUCGUCCUCGUCCCAGCAGAGUGCACAGUACCACCCGUCUCACCAGGGCCACCGCUACUGACCGCCGCGGCCCAGAGCCCAGACUCCAGCAAUAUGAUGUCCGCAUUGGAAAGAACCAAAAAAUGCAAACGAUGAUGCCGUUUAAAACUCAUCCACUUAGGAGGAAGACUCCAUCCUGAGCAUUUUGCAGGACUGACUGAUGUCUCUUCUUUAUGGGCUUAAAGAAGAUUUUUGUGAAGUUUCCCCAACACCCUUUCCCUGCAUGUGUUCCAUUGUGACUUUGAUCCAGAGUCUGAUCUAAUCCCAGCACUUAACUUCUGUAACCUUCAGCAUUUUUUGGAAGGAUUUCCUGGUGCACCUUUCUCAUGCUGUAGCAAUCACUAUGAUUUAUCUUUUCAAAGCUCUUUUAAUAGGAUUUUAAUGUUUUAGACACAGGACUCCAGUGGUAUAUAGUUUUAUACUUCAUGAACUGAUCUAGCAACACAGGUAAAAAUGCACCUUUUAAAGCACUACGUUGUUUUCACAGAAUAUGACUGUUUUGCUCAUGGAAGUCUUAAACAGCAAUUGUUACUGUCCCAAAGUACUUUACUAUUACGUUUUUAUUUAUCUAG